AUGACUGUGUCGUUUCAGCAACCCCCACCUCCCCAAUCCCAAUCCCAAUCCCAAUCCCAACCCCAACCACAACCCCAGCCCCAACCAGAGCAGCCACCGCAACCGCAACAGCCACAUCAGCCGCAGAGGACGAUCAGGAAGCUCAUUGUGGAAGUGAUCGACGCACGUGACCUUCUACCUAAAGAUGGCCAGGGCAGCUCCAGCGCUUACGUGGUGGCGGACUUCGACGGGCAGCGGAAGCGGACGGCGACCAAGUGCAAGGACCUCAACCCGGUCUGGAACGAGCCGCUCGAGUUCGUCGUCUCCGACCCGGACAACAUGGACUACGAGGAGCUCGAGAUCGAGGUCCUCAACGACAAGCGCUACGGCAACAGCGGCACCGCGCGUAAGAACCACUUCCUCGGGCGCGUCAAGCUCUACGGCACUCAGUUCUCCAAGCGCGGCGACGAGGGCUUGGUCUAUUUCCAGCUCGAGAAGAAGAGCGUCUUCAGCUGGAUCAGAGGCGAAAUCGGCCUAAGAAUUUACUACUACGACGAGCUAGUCGACGAGGCUCCGCCGCCGCCGCAGCAACCCCCGCCGCAGGAGGAUCCUCCGCCGGAGCAGCCGGCGGUGAUGGUGGUCGAGGAAGGGAGGGUGUUUGAGGUCCCCGGAGGACACGUGGAGUGUACUAGAAUCCACGACGGCUCGUACUCGCCGCCGGUUGUUGUGAUGGAGCAACCGCCGCCGCAGAUGGUGCAUAUGCACUCCGAGCCGCCGGGACAGGAAAUGCACGGUCAUCCGCCGCCGCAGGAGGUUCGUUUUCAACCGGAGGUGAGGAAAAUGGAGACUCACCGAGUUGCUCCGAUGGGGGAGAGAGUGAGAAUUCCCAGGAGGCCGAACUGCGACUACUCUCCGAAAGUGAUUUCCGGAAAGUUUGGGGCGGAGAACACCGCGGAGAGGAUUCACCCCUGUGAGCUCGUCGAGCCUAUGCAGUACUUGUUCACCAGAAUCGUCAAGGCGCGUGGCCUCGCGCCGAACGAGAGCCCCUACGUAAAACUCCGUACAUCCAGCCACCUCGUCAAGUCGAAAACCGCGGUUCACCGCCCCGGAGAGCCGACCGACUCGCCGGAGUGGAACCAGGUCUUCGCACUCGCUCACAACCGGCCUGACUCAGUGAGUUCGACAUUGGAGAUCUCCGUGCGUGACUCGCCGUCGGAGCAGUUCUUAGGCGGCAUUAUCUUCGACCUCUCCGACGUGCCGGUUCGAGACCCGCCGGACAGUCCUCUUGCUCCGCAGUGGUACAGACUAGAAGGCGGCGCCGGUGAUCAAAAUUCCGGUAAAGUCUCCGGCGAUAUCCAGCUCUCUGUUUGGAUUGGGACACAAGCCGAUGACGCUUUCCCUGAAGCGUGGAGCUCCGAGGCCCCUAACGUGUCCCACACGCGCUCCAAGGUGUACCAGUCCCCGAAGCUCUGGUAUCUGAGAACGACGGUUAUGGAGGUUCAAGACCUCCACAUUGCAUCGAAUCUACCUCCCUUAACGACCCCUGAGAUUCGAGUCAAGGCUCAGCUGGGGACUCAGUCGGCUCGGACCAGGCGCGGGUGCAUGAACAACCACUGCGCCUCGUUUCACUGGAACGAGGACCUCAUCUUCGUGGCGGGUGAACCACUAGAGGACUCACUGAUUCUCUUGGUGGAGGACCGCACCAACAAGGAUCCGGUACUCCUCGGCCACAUCGUUAUUCCGGUGAGCUCCAUCGAGCAGCGAAUCGACGAGCGCUACGUGGCGUCGAAAUGGCUCCCUCUUGAAGGCAGAGGAGGAGGCGGGCCCUACAGCGGCAGAAUCCAUCUACGGCUUUGCUUGGAGGGAGGGUAUCACGUGCUGGAUGAAGCGGCGCACGUGUGCAGCGACUUCCGACCCACGGCAAAGCAGCUGUGGAAGCCGGCCGUGGGAAUUUUGGAACUUGGGAUUCUCGGCGCGCGCGGCUUGCUUCCGAUGAAGGCGAAAUCCGGUGGGAAGGGGUCCACGGAUGCUUACUGUGUGGCCAAGUAUGGGAAGAAAUGGGUCAGGACCCGGACCAUUACGGACGGCUUCGACCCGCGCUGGAACGAGCAGUACACGUGGCAAGUAUACGACCCCUGCACGGUGCUCACCAUCGGCGUGUUUGACAACUGGCGCAUGUUUGCUGACGCUUCAGAGGAAAAGCAAGACUUCCGUAUUGGAAAAAUACGAAUACGUAUCUCUACGCUGGAGAGCAACAAGGUGUACAAGAAUUCAUACCCGUUAAUGGUGUUGUCCCGGACCGGGUUAAAGAAAAUGGGGGAGAUAGAGCUAGCGGUCAGGUUCGCCUGCCCGUCGUUGCUGCCCGAGACAUGCGCGGUUUACGGGCAGCCAUUGCUUCCGAGAAUGCACUACCUCCGCCCUCUCGGGGUGGCCCAGCAGGAAGCGCUGCGAGGGGCAGCCACGCGCAUGGUGGCCGCGUGGCUUGCACGCUCCGAGCCGCCUUUGGGGACGGAGGUGGUGCGGUACAUGCUGGAUGCUGACUCGCACACGUGGAGCAUGAGGAAGAGCAAAGCGAAUUGGUUCCGGAUCGUGGCGGUGCUGGCAUGGGCGGUCGGGUUAGCUAAAUGGUUGGAUGAUAUAAGGAGGUGGAGGAAUCCGGUGACGACGGUUUUGGUGCACGUGUUGUAUUUGGUUCUGGUUUGGUACCCGGAUUUGAUAGUCCCGACCGGGUUUCUAUACGUGUUUCUUAUUGGGGUUUGGUACUACCGGUUCAGGCCCAAGAUACCAGCCGGAAUGGACCUCCGUCUCUCCCAGGCGGAUACGGUCGACCCGGAUGAGCUAGAUGAAGAAUUCGACACUUUUCCGAGCUCAAAGUCGCCGGAUGUCAUUCGGGUCCGGUAUGACCGGUUGAGAAUGCUGGCGGCCCGGGUCCAAACAGUUUUGGGCGAUUUUGCGACCCAAGGAGAACGGGCCCAGGCCCUUGUGAGCUGGAGGGACCCACGUGCUACAAAGUUGUUCAUUGGAGUGUGCUUGCUUAUCACUGUGGUGCUAUAUACUGUGCCACCCAAAAUGGUGGCUGUGGCAUUGGGGUUUUACUACCUGCGCCACCCUAUGUUCCGAGAGCCAAUGCCGCCGGCGAGCCUCAACUUUUUCCGGAGGCUUCCGAGCCUGUCGGACCGGUUAAUGUAGAGAGGAAGAGUGGGAAGGGAGAAGAGUUAGCUAUUACAGCAUUUUUGUGAGGUGCCUAGUUAGAGGGAGUGUGACAUUUU